AUUGAAAUUGAAAUUGAAAUUGAAAUUAAAAUUGAAAUUCGAAUUCAAAUUCAAAUGCAAAUGCAAAUUCAAAAGCCGCCUAAAUGUAUUUCAAAUUGAGUAAAUGCCAGAAUAAAAAACAAAGUCAUACUUUAUGUGGUUUGUCAAAUAUGAUGGUGAAAAUUGAGGUAUAGUUGGUGAGAAUAUAUAAUUUAAUUUAACUGACAGUUGUCUUCAUCUCCAAGGAAAUUCCCAAUUUUAAGUAUCAUCAUUUCUCAAAGCUGAAAACUUCAAAAUAGUGGCCAUCUUAAAAUUCUGAUGCCACACAUAAAUCAAAAACAUUAAAAUUCUGAUGCCACACAUAAUCUUAGAGAAACCAUGAGGUGGAGUCUCACUAAAAUAGUGGCCAUCUUCAUCAAACCUUCCUCCAAAAAAAGUCCCAACAAUACAAAGCUCCAAAAUUAUCAAUCUGAGGAGGUUCAAAAUAAUGAUCAACAGCAGCAACAAUUAGUAUUUGCCGCGGAAAGUAUUGUAAUUGACGUAAAUGGAAUAUUUUCAGACUGUGUUAUAGUUUCAGACACAACUGAAACUAUCAAAGACCGUAAACUUUCCGUGGUUAUGGUCUUUACCGGUACUGAUUAUCUACGUGUUGUUGGUGUCAACAAUAAUAAUUUAAUUUGCUAUGCUAAAUUACAAGUCAACUCUCUCCCAAAAUCUACUGCCCAUAUUGUUUUAGGCUCUAAAGUUUAUGUUAUUGGCGGCGACUUUGUCACCAAUUCUGGUGACAUUUUAAUGGAUUCCGACAAGGGUCUUCCUAAAUAUCCUCGCGAUGUUCGGAUUUUUGAUCUAAAACAGAAUGAUUGGGAGAUGGGUCCUUGUUUAAUUGCAGGUAAGCCAAAUCCUGUACUUUUUGCUUUUAAUGGUAGGAUUUAUGUAAUUGCUGGCAGCUGUGGAAAUCGCAGGCCGUCAGACGGGUUAGAGAGUUUAGAUCCUGUUUUUGAAGUGCUUGAUGUUGGAUUAGGGGUUUGGUUGAAACUAGAGGAUCCUCCGUUUCGUUAUGCGUAUAGUUAUGGUUAUUUUCCUGAGUUUUUGUUUCAUGUUGUUGUUGAUAAUGUUUUGUAUGUGCGAGUGAAUGUGCCUGUUUAUGAGGGAGAUAGAAUCGGGGUUAAGCGCGUGUUUUCAUUCGAUUUGAUUCGUGAAGUAUGGUGUGAUUAUUGUGAUCGUAGUAAUUUUGUUGAUCGUAGUACUUAUCCAAUUGUAGCACAAAAUCUGAUUUCAUUUGGUUGGGAUUUUAGCCAUGAUGUUUUCAAUGGGAAGCUGUAUUUGCUUCAGACUGAAACGAAGCCAGCUGCAUUUUGUGUUUAUGAUUUGCAUACAGUAGAUUUAGAGUUAGGAUCUGAACAUUAUAGUUUUAGCUCGGAGUUAGAUAGUUCCAUUGAUUAUGAGGAAUUACAGGACGACAAGUUGAGACAUGAUACAGCAGAAAAUGAUAGAAAAUUUGUCGAUAUGGCUUCCGAAAUAAAUUUUGAUGCAAACAAAGAAUCGGAGGAGCUUGCCUAUAAGCAUAGAAUGGGAAGGUGUAUUCCGAAUCUUAUCACGGGAUUGGAUGAUGUUUUAAGUGAAUUACCUAGAAAUGGCUUUAUCUCGUGGCAUCUAGUUCCUCUUGAUGAGAAAGGCAGAGUGUUUUGCCUUGUUUGCUCUUUUGUCCCAGAAUUAAGUCAAAAUCCAUGUGUUUUGGUCGCGACGUUUAAUUUAGAGGAAUAUGGUGAUUCGCAUAGCAAUGAUGACGAUCACCCAAUAGCAAUCUCCUCUCUCCGUGCCCGAGAAGUAAGCUACGCAACUUUUCCCAUCAAUGAUAAUUGGGGACUGCCUGUCUCGUGCUUUAAAUUGGGUUCUGCACUUCAUUGAGUUGAACGAAAGUUGCUGCACUUUUCAUAAUCCUAUGGCGUAACUUGAUGAUAAGAUUAUGACUCAAAUUAGUAAAAAACGAUAAAAAAAAUGGACUUGAUGAUAAGAUUAUGACUCAAAUUAGUAAAAAACGAUAAAAAAAAAUUGGACAAUGCGGAGAAGAAAUGGAUUUGUGUUUUGCUGAUGUAAUGUCAAUUCAUUGUCAAAAUAAAGGACUCAAGACGAUUAUACCAUAUGAACGAACCUUCAAGAGCCGCAAAGAGACAAUUCACGGAUGGGUUUUGAUGUCUUUGCUGUGAUCAUGGCUAUGUUUUCACCAUCAAAUAUCGUCGCGGUGAAGAAAAGAAAAAGGUAAAGAAAGCUGGCAUACAUGGAGGAUUAUUAUCUUACAUGCUACUUGCUUUUGGUAUUGUUGGUUAUGGGAUGCAAUAGUCUUUUGUGUUCCAUCUAUGAAAUUCUCUAUAAUUGAUCAAUAUAUGUAUUUUAAGCGAACAGAACAAACAUGUAUUUCUAUACAAUUUUUUUGAGACAUGUUGACA